AGAAAUGUCUAGUAGCGAAAGUGAAGACAGUCUGGAUGAAGAACUUGUUGGUCCUCCUUUACCACCCAAAGAAUCAAGAGAUGACUCUGAUGAGGAGCUGAUUGGCCCACCACUUCCUCCUGACUACAAGAACGAGGAGAAGGAGGACGACGAGGAUGACGAUGAUGAUGAUAGUGCCCAGGAGGAAGAUGAGGAUCCUGUGAAGAGGAUUCCCGACUCACAUGAAAUUACUCUCCACCAUGGCACAAAAACAGUCUCUGCUUUAGGAUUGGAUCCAUCGGGUGCCCGUUUGAUAACUGGAGGAUAUGACUAUGAUGUUAAAUUUUGGGAUUUUGCUGGAAUGGAUGGAUCUCUUCAGGCUUUUAGAUCUCUGCAACCAUGUGAAUGUCACCAGAUAAAGUCUUUGCAGUAUAGCAGCACGGGAGAUGUCAUUCUUGUUGUUGCGGGUAAUUCUCAAGCUAAGGUCCUUGACAGAGAUGGCUUUCCUGUGAUGGAGUGUGUGAAGGGGGACCAGUAUAUUGUAGACAUGGCAAACACUAAGGGACACACAGCAAUGCUUAAUUCAGGCUGUUGGCAUCCAAAAAUAAAAGAAGAGUUUUUAACAUGUUCCAAUGAUGG